UUAAUAUCCUUACAGCCAGAGCUGGUCUCAGUGCAGUUCCAGGAAGGAAUAAGGAUUUUGCAAACAGCUAAUGUUGAUAAAUUCAAACAAUUCAAGGCUAAGAAUACAUUUGUGCAAAAUUCAGGCUAGUAGAAUGAUAUAUUUUGUUGUGUUUUUUGGGAUGCAGAUGAGAAACCAACUUUAUAAGGAUCAAUUGUCCUUGCUGUGAAGAUAAAAAUUAGAAACUAAUAUUUCUAGUCAGACUGGUCAGACUGGUCACCGUGAGUGACUGAGCAGGACUAGGAAGCAUUAUGUUAGUGUAAGAGAAAGAAAUAUGUACAGAGGGUAAAAGUAUAUAUUGUUUGUCUCUUCUGAUGAGUAUUUUCCUAGUUUGUUAGUGAUAUUGUGUUCCACUUUUAAUAUCUGUCCACUCCCAACUAACUAGCUGUUUAGAGUAACAAAAAUCCUCUUCAGUUUGGAUGCACGGCUAUUGCCAAAGAGACCAAGACCAACCCCUGUUGCCUAAAGACAGAGAACAUUAAAAACCUUCCAGAUUAAUACAGGAAAAUCUGAGAAUAAAAUCAAAACUUUUAAAACUCUUUUGGACAUAAAUACUGUACACAUAGCCAUGGAGAGGAGGUCAUGCUGGUGCAUGCUUCUGUUCUUAAUAAUAGCUCUGGCGGUUGGUUUAGUGGGAUACAUCCACUAUAAAAGAGAACUGGUAAACAAACUAAAUAAUGAAAUGGAGUUCUCAGAUUCAGCAGUUAGAGAAGCAGUGAUGGGUGUACAAAACUUCGGUUUAGCAGUUGAGCACACGCAGAAAGAGCUGGACAACACUGAGAAAGAGAUCAAGGAGCUUCAGGACGAGGUCGGGAAAUUAAACCCCCCUAAAGAGGAAAAGGACAAAGAGCUUAAAGCCUGCAAGGAUUUAGUGGCAGGGCUGAAUAAUGACAUUGCAGCUGUGGAGAAAGACAAGACAGACACUGAAGGUAAUUUUGCUGGUGAAAAAACGAAAUGGGAAGAAACCACAAAUGGCCUUAAAAAGCAGAUGCAGGAGACAAGUCCAGUCUGCGCUCAUCUGAAGAAAGACAGCUUUGAGAAAGAACCUAGCUUAAAGGAUAUUUGCCCUCCGCUGUCAACUCCAGCUCAAGCAUAACCGGAGGUGAAUUCAACCGUUUGAAUUUAAAACAGCGUCUAUCAGAGGAGUUCUAAAAAUAAACACACCUGUGACGUCGUUUUACCUCACUGAAAUGUCAUUCAAAUGUGAUCUAAUCUGAAGUCCGAUCAAAUCAGUGUCAUAGGUGACUUACCGCUUAAAGAUGAUGGCUUUGUUGAGCCGUGUAUCUCAGCACUAGCAAAUAAUUUUUUUGGCUUUCUAUAUGUAAGUUAGAUAUUGCAUAAACUUUAAAAUUAGAUCAGUUUAAUACACAUUACAGUAAGUGGGUGUAUGAGAUGGAUUAAAACAAGCUAUUUUAAUAUUGUCCCUUAAAAUAGUCAGUUUUGUAGUUCAGGAUGUUUUGGAAUAGGGAUUUUUGAAGGGAAAAAAGGGAUUUUGUGCUCAGUGGAUGCUGUAUUGUUUACAGUAAUAUAUUUUCUAUUUAAACAUGUUGCUAUACUGUACUAUGAUCAGAUUAUUGAAAUAAAAUAAAAAGAUCUAUUCAC